AUGGACUCCUCUAGCAGCUCGGUGGGGGAUCCUACCGAAACACUCCGGAAUGCUACCUUCACUCGGAGUGAGGGCUCGCCGGCACCUCCCGACAGUGCCGUAACCGCUUCUGAUCUCCUUCUCGGUGCUUUCGAUCCUACCAAACUGCAUCCAUUGGCCGGAAUAGAGGAUAAGUUGGAUUAUCUCUUGCUGGAAGAUGACAAAACAAGCGAGCUUCCCGGUUCUGGCACCGCAAUACCCUCCAGAGGCUGGAGUGACGAUUUGAGUUAUGGUACCGGAACCAUGUACUUAGGUGGUCUCGCCGUGGGUGGGGUGUGGGGUUUGCGCGAAGGAGCGAAAAGGCCGCUUGCAGUGUCGAAUGCCAGAUUGCGAAUCAAUAGCAUUUUGAACUCCGUGACGCGAAGAGGGACUUUCAUAGGCAACUCGGCGGGAGUGUUGGCGCUUGUCUAUAACAGUAUAAAUUCUAUCAUCGACAGCGCGAGAGGCAAACAUGACACGUUGGGUAGUAUGGCGGCAGGCGGUCUUACCGGCGCACUAUAUAAGUCUACAGCUGGCGUGAAGCCUGCUCUCGCUGCAGCGGCAUUCAUCUCCUCCCUGGCGGGUCUUUGGAGCGUGGUGAAGCGGAAUGUCUGA